UGCAGGUUUCGUUAUCCUGUGUUAGGUCACUCCGGAAAGGGGAAAGCAGCCCACAGCGUCGCGCGGCCCGGAAACAACACAACGAGGCCCCAUCUUUUAGAUUCGAGUUUAGGCCCCGGGGUGGAGGCUCCGGACCGGGCCCCCUACAGCGGCAGUGCGCAGGCGCGAGGGACGCACAACCCCAGCCCCUGUCCCAGUGAACCCGUCGCCAUGGAAUCCCUGCAGACUCCCCAGCACUACGAAAAUCAAGAUAAAAGGGAGAAGGAGUGUGGGAUAAAACAGCCUAUGGGCAAUAAUGCAAGGAAUCUUGAGCCCAAAAAGAGAAAGGCUAUAGGAGUUGCCUUGAGUUCAGCAACAGCUGCGCGGAAUAUCCUGUCCGGUGUACACUGUGGCUGCUCCAAGCAAUGGAGACUAAAGUUACCAUCGGAGUCGCUGCAACGUCAGGGACAAGUGAUGAAGCAGCCUAAUAACAUUUUAAAACUCAGGAAUCUGGAUCCGUUGAUCUACCCUUGGCCAGAACUUAGAAGACGGCAGGUUGCUUCUGACCUAAUGAGCCCCCUCCUCCUCCCCGGUUUUUCCGGCCUCACUUGGGCCCCCUUCCUUUUCCUCUUCACAUAUCUGCCUCCUUUUCUCACUCUCUUCACUGUUCGUUUUGUUUCCUAUUUUCUGGUAUAGUUUCUGUCCUUUAUUUAUUAUUAUUUUUUUUUUGAGACAGAGUUUCGCCCUCGUGUCCCAGGCUGGAGUGCAAUAGCGUGAUCCUGGCUCACUCCAACCACCGCCUCACGGGUUCAAGCGAUUCUCCUGCCUCAGCCUCCUGAGUAGCUGGGAUUACAGGCACGGGCCACCA